UUAUGCAGACUGUGGACGUCAAAACCCUAAUUGAGAAUCUAAAGGCUUAAUUAGUAAGAUGGUGGUUUCGGGAUCGGAAGCAGUGAUCCAUGACAAGGUAGGGUUGGGAAGGCAGGCAGCGGAGGAGAUAAAUUCUUCGAAGACACACUCAUUGGGAAUGCAAUCCUCCAUCUUCUCCCUCACCCUCGACGAAUUUCAGAACAGCCAUUGUAAGAACGGGAAGAACUUUGGGUCGAUGAACAUGGACGAGUUCCUUAACAACAUUUGGACUGCGGAGGAAAACCAAGCUAACCAUUUCAUCAAACACCAGCAAAGCAGCUUCUUACCCCGGCAAGUUUCUCUUACUCUUCAAUCUCCUCUUUACAGGAAGACAGUAGAGGAGGUGUGGGCCGAAAUCCGAGGAGAGCAAGAAGAAGAAGAGGAAGAGGAAGAACAGGCUGACAAUACCCAUCGCCAACCCACCAUCGGGGAAAUGACUCUGGAAGAUUUUUUAGUAAAAGCUGGAGUGGUUAGGGAAGCAUGUAGGCCUUCUUCUGCUCAGCUUAAUCUGGUGGCGCCGCUACAAGGAGGUGCACCGGCACAUGUGGCACAACCGUACGGACUUUACCUGAAUAAUAAUAAUGCGACUGCCUUGGAAAAACACAAUUUCGGGAUAGAUGUCAUGGGUGUUCCUUCGAACUACCAAACAUUUCCUCCACCUAGUGGUGGGGUUAUGGGGGAGAUGUCUAAUUAUCCGGCGAUUGGGGGUGUCUGUUUUGGAGGGAGAGCGGGAAACGGUGGUGGUGCAUACGGAGUGACGGUUUCGCCGGCAAGUUCAGGGUCUUCUGAUGGCAUAUGUGGAGAGAAUUCUGGUCCAAUGGAGAAUCGAUACGUGGGAGCGGAGAUUGGAGGGAUAAGAGGGAGGAAGAGGAUGAUAGAUGGUCCUGUGGAGGUGGUGGUGGAGAGGAGACAACGAAGGAUGAUCAAGAACCGAGAAUCGGCCGCCAGAUCCCGUGCCAGAAAACAGGCAUACACGGUGGAGCUGGAAGCAGAGCUGAACCAACUGAAGGAGGAGAAUGCUCACCUCAAGCGAAUUCUGGCGGAAACUGAGGAGAAGAAGAGGCAGGAGAUGCAGGAUGAGAUGAAGGAAAUAAAGCCUUCAACAAAAGCGCAAAUGGCAGAGGAGAAGUUGAGAAUGAUGAGGAGAAGCUUCAGCUUUCCUAAUGGACUCUGCUGA